AUGGGCGGCGGCCAGGGGAAGGUGGCCGACGGCCACGCGCACAUCGAGGCCUGCGACCACAGCCCCAUCUUCGCCUGCUUCGACAAGCUCGGAGACGCCGCCGAGGCGGCGUCGUGCAAGGAGGAGGUCGCGGGCUUCUUCACGCGGAAGACGGUAAAGGAGGGCGCGUCCAUCUUCGCCAAGGGGGGCGUCGGGCGGCGGGACCUGCUCAUCGUCGAGCGCGGCGGCCUCCGCAUGGUGUCCUGCCACGGCGAGAAGGGCAAGAAGGAGCUGCUGGCGCGGCCCGUCAUCAAGACUGUGGGCGAGAACGAGAUGAUGGGCAUGAUGGAGUUGGUACGGGAGGUGGAGACGGACAUCGACCCGGCCACGGGCGACUACCCGACGGACGUCGUCGCCGAGUCCAAGUGCCAGCUUUUGGUGCUGACGCAGGAGACCUACGCCAACGAGCUCAAGGGCAAGGGCUCGAAGGCGUCCGCCAUGUUCUGCGACAAUCUGGACUCCAUCACGCGCGCGAGCGUCGUCGCGUGGCUCCACAAGGUCAAGCUCUUCAAGCAGCUCGGGCCGUGCAACCUCGAGAUGCUCAGCGAGGUCGCCCACUUCCGGUCCCUCGCCGUGGGCAACGAGGUGCUCAAGCAGGGCGAGACCGUGACGCGGCUCCAGGUCGUCCUCUCCGGCUCGUUGGACGUCAUGUGCGAGUCGCAGGACCCGGGCGCGGCGCCGGGCACGCAGAUCGUCGUCGGCCAUCUGGGCGCGGGCGACUUCUUCGGCGAGUCAAGCAUUUUGGGCCGCGAGGACGAGCACCACGGCGCGAACCAUCUGGCGUCGACGGCGAGCCUGAGGACGACGAGCGAGUCGCUCUUCAUCUACUUCCACGCGGACGAGAUGCGCAAGGUCUUCCUCGAGGUGCCGGAGAUCCUGGAGAGCAUCGACAAGUUCGUCAAGGACCGCCUCACGGGCCAGCUCCUGGCCAUGCACCUGAGCCUGUUCGACUCCAUGAACCAGGCGUCCAUCGCGCUCUUCGCGUCGGCGCUGACGGUGCAGUCGUACCACGAGGGCGACGUCGUCUUCGAGAAGGACUCCCACGGCAUCGACUUCUACGUGCUCGUCCAGGGCGCCGUGUCCAUCGACGACGGCGAGGACGUCCACGUGACCCUGGACCACAAGGGCGCGUAUUUCGGGGAGGUCGCGCUCCUCCGCGCGGAGGCCCGCGCGGCGACGGUGACGGCCAAGGGCAACACGACGAUCGCGUGCAUCCCGGGCGAGACCUUCCGCACGCUCUGCCUCACGUCGCCGUCCGUCGCCGCCGAGUUCGAGAUCAAGGCGCUCGGCGCGAAGGCGUCGAUCGGCGCGCUCCUCACGCACCAUCGGACCGCGCCGCUGCUGAAAAAAACGCUCGACGACGAGUUCGCGUCCGAGAACUACCGCUUCUGGCUCGACGCCGAGGACUACAAGUCGAACCACGCCAUGGGCGGCGACCCGAAGGAUUUGUGGGCCCAGGUCGACAAGAUCUACGCGACGUACGUGACGACGACGACCGACGAGCAGAUCAACCUCAGCGGCAAGGCGACGAAGAUCCUCAAGAAGUACUUCGAGGAGGCGGCCAAGCCGGGCGGCCGCGACGCGCCGCCGGCCCGCGACGUCUUCGACGGCUCCGAGAAGUGCGUCAACAACAACCUGAAGGGCAACGUGCAACGGUUCUGCAAAACCCAGGGCUACGUCGACUUCAUCGCCGAGCUCGCGGUCUACACGCCGAGAAAAGACCAAAAACGAUAG